UACCUUGCUUGCGUUCCCCCGUACCGCCUUUCUGAUUGGUCGACUCCGGCCAGGUAAGAGAACCAGUCUAUAAUUUCCAUCAGUCGAAUCCCGGUGUGAAAUAGGUACGAAUACACCUUGACGCUGCUGUACGAACAUUUUAAAGCGUUCCCUUUUGGCUGUGAAAAAUAUUAAACAAUUAAAAUAAUAAUCGAAAAAAGUCUUUUGAGUUUGCCGUGUUGUUCCGCGAUUUACAUAAUUUAAAUUUAACCUGUUGAUAUAGCCGGUUUUAUUGUGUGUUUGUUAAGUGCGCGUGGUGUGUCGAUAAGGGCUUAAUGCUAACGCUUUUUACACGUUUCAUGAAACCCCAGAGCCACAAGUGAAAACACUAAAAACUGCACACGCUAAAUUCAGUGUAUUUUUUUAACCUUAGCAAGGCGUUUUGCUUGAAAAGGAAUCUUCAACGUGUGCGAUCCUAUUAUUUUAGGAACUGAUAAGGAAUCAGAAACAUAAACAAAAAUCCCUUUAUUAUUUUAGAGAUAAAAAGAAAAGCCACAAAAAGUAAACUUAUUUAUAACGGGUUGUGCUUCAACAACAGGUUGUUGUCUCACGUGGCAACAUGGCGGUCAUCCCGGUUGUCAGUCGCGUUUGUUUAUUAUGAGUGGCUCUGAAUGGUCGUGAAUUGGAUUUGAAAAAUCGGCGCGAAUCUACUCGAGUUUUGUUUUUUAAAUGAGUAUCAAAGGGUUGAAUAUGGCGGGGCCCCAUCACAUUUGUAUACUUUACGUGGCUACCGCAGGACUGACGGGCCCCCAAAUGGGAUCCGACGAACAGGAAAUUGUACUUUUGAUUUAUGUUAUUGUGGAUGUGAUUCAAAAUAAGGUUGUGGGUGUACAACAGUACCCUGUACGACCAACCGGUGUUCCUAGUCAACAACAAAAUGGUUUCGGCGGCGAUGCCAACGGCAACGUUCUCCUUGGGGAACAAGCCAAAGUCGAAUCUUCCCCCACAGAAGACCUCGUCAGGACGACGGGGAGGCCGUUGGAGGACGCUUUGGGCGAAUUCCACGCUUAUUGUGUCUCGUUACAUCUGGAUCCACACAACCAUGGGUUUAGGAUGAUAACAGAUGGACAACUCCCAAUCCGACAGUGUCUCCACCCGGAAGCCUGGCGGAAAGAAUUCAACUUAUUCAACUACUACAAUACUUUUCACGAUCUACGAAAAGAAGUUGCGGCCUUUUUGGGCCAAGAAGAACAGCCCGCGGGAGUGGCGGAAAUAUUAGACUUACUUCAAAUAAAGCCAGAAUCCGAGAACGAGUUUUACAAGAAAGAAGCCAAAGACAUGGUGAAUAUUGUGCAGAGACUAGUCAUGGAAGGACAUAGAUUUGAACUACUUGAGACUGUAAAUUUGGUGCUAGAACCUGGAAUAUUAUCAAAAGACGAUGAGAUCGACCCCAAUUGUGUAGUUAGAGCGAGAGGACUUCCUUGGCAAAGUAGCGACCAAGACAUUGCCAAAUUUUUUAGAGGACUUAAUGUUGCCAAGGGUGGAGUAGCCCUUUGUUUAUCGAGUCUGGGUAGGCGAAACGGCGAAGCUCUGGUGAGGUUCGUGUCGCAAGAGCAUCGCGACAUCGCCUUAAAGCGACACAAGCACCACAUCGGCCCUAGAUACAUCGAAGUGUACCGAGCCACAGGCGAAGAUUUUCUUUCCGUAGCUGGUGGAAGUAGCUGCGAAGCCCUGGCGUUCCUCAGCAGAGGCGCGGCGGUCAUAGUCCGCAUGCGCGGCUUGCCCUAUGACUGCAGUGCGCAGCAAGUGCUCGACUUUUUCUCUUCGGGUGAAAAUGCCUGCACUGUCAUGGACGGUUUGGACGGAGUGUUGUUCGUCAAGAAGCCUGACGGACGAGCUACCGGUGACGCUUUCGUCUUGUUUGCUGACGAAUCAGACGCUCCAAAAGCUCUGGCAAAACAUCGGGAAGUUAUCGGUUCUAGGUACAUCGAGUUGUUCAGGUCAACGACUGCCGAAGUUCAACAGGUUCUCAACCGAUCCAUGAUGAUGGAACCACCACCAACGCCCCAGUUGCCACCUAUGCCGAUUCCCAACUAUCCUUUAUUGCCUCAGCACGUAAUCACGUCAGGGACAAGGAAGGAUUGUGUCAGGUUACGGGGACUGCCUUAUGAAUCCCAAGUGGAACAUAUUCUGGAUUUUCUGGGUGAAUACGCAAAGAACAUUAUGUACCAGGGCGUGCAUAUGGUUUAUAACGCACAGGGUCAGCCUAGUGGUGAAGCUUUCAUACAAAUGGAUUCUGAACAGUCGGCAUUCAUCACAGCUCAACAGAAGCACCACAGGUACAUGAUCUUCGGAAAGAAACAACGUUACAUUGAAGUAUUCCAAUGUUCCGGAGAAGAUAUGAACCUGGUGCUUACUGGAGGUUUGCCAGCUCCAACGUCGCCGGUCAAAGCAACAACACCAGCGCCAACUCUCCUCAGUACCGGUGGCACCAUGCUCCCUUCGCCAGCUUUAAAGUAUCCACCAGCCGGUUACGCUCCGAUUCCGUUCGCUACAGCUCCACUGCAUCCAGGACAAUAUUUGCACGCACCUAUUUUCUACUGGCCCCUUUAUCCGAGCCCACCGGUUUCGCCUACGGGAUACUACAUGCAUAGCCCUCCUGGGGCUCAUCUGGGACCACCGGGUCCACCGCAUCAGGGAGGUAACGGCGGCUUACCGCAACAACAGCAACUGAUCCAUUCGGAAUGUUUGGGACUACCCCCACCGCUAACUACAGCUACACUUUCUAACCUACAGCAAAUCGAUGCCAGGCUGUUGGAAGUCAGUCCAAGACCGAUUAGCUGUUAAGCUGUUUCUGCCAAACUUUAUUAUUGAAAAACACGUCUUUUUGCAAGCUACUAAAGGACUUGAAACUUUUUCAUAUUUAUUUUUUUUUUAUAAAAAAAAACUCUUUGAAGCUUUUUGAAUUUCCUUAGGCCAGUUCUUCUGUUUUUUUCCUAUAUCGACUAUACUGCUAAAGCUUAGUUUCUAAUGUAAACUAUAGAAUAUAGAAUAAAUACAUAUCAGAGUAUAUAAAUAUUAAUAUAAAACAAGAGAUAAAUAUAUAAUUAUUUAUAUAAAGCUUAAUAUAUACAUUAUAUUAAUUUAAUUGUUAAUGUUUUUUGUAGCUUUACUUUUUUGUUUCUCAGAUUCUAGAUUAUUUUAUAUAGCUUAUAUGUAUACAUUUUUUUUUACAAGGUGUUCUUACCUAAUUUUUGUGUGCAAUCAAGUCCCAAUAAUAAAAUUUAAAAAAAAGGGACGUUAUAUUUAUGUGGAACACCUUUUUGGAAAUAAUUCAAUAAUUAUUUCUUAAGAAGUUUUUAUCUAUUUUUCAAAAAUAGGUCGUUUAGUUAAACAGCAAAAUUUGUCUGUCUUCCAUAUUAUUUCCUUUUUAAUUGGCUUAAUUGACAAAAAGCUUUUAUUUUAAAUUUUAAGAAAGUUUGACAUAAAAAUUUUACGUUUUAAGAUUUGAAUUAACUAUUACAUAUUUUAUUUGUAGUUUUCUAAACCUUGGACACAUUAACUAUUUAUUUCAACUUAUUUACGUAUUAUUCAGUACUUUUUCAUUAAAAAAAUAUGCGGACCAGUUAAAAAUUAACCAAAUUUCAAUAUUCCAGCUCUAUGCUUUAGCUUUGAAAUAAAUGAUCAAUGCAUAAUCCAAGAAUCCAAGGGCCAAACUAGAAUUUCUAUUUUCAAAAAACUGUUACAAUACUGAGAUUGUUUUUUGUUUAAAUAUAUCCAAACCAAAUAUCAUUUAAGUUAGUUUAAAUAUGCCGCUAAUUCGAUUUACUUUAAAAGAAAAUAGCUUUUUUUAUAACGGAAGCUUUUUUCCUGUCCCAAACCUUCUCUGCAGGGUUAAUCGGGACUGAUACAACUAAUAAAAUACUUGCCUCAAAACACAAGCUUUUAUGUUUGAAAAAAAUAACUAGAAUAAUUACGCUCAAAAAUAGUCACGUAAGUGCAAUAAGAGUAUAUUUUAUAUUUUUUAGUGAUAUAUACUUUAGUCAAUUUUUUUUAUCACUAAGUGACUAGAACUAGAAAAUAUUUAGUUUUGUUAAAUAAUGCAUAGUUUUAUUUGUAUAAGACGCACUCCAGAAACAUAGUCAAGUUAGAUUAAAGUUUACAUAUUAGUUCUAAUAAACAAUAAGUAUGAAUUUAGAUGGCAAAGUUGAGACAGAACUUUCCAUCUCUUUAUUGAUUUUGUACCUAUUUUGCAUUUAUGAAUUUUGUACCUACCAACAAAAAGUCAGUCGAUGAUCAAUCAAAUCCUUGCAAGACUAUUUUGAAAUAAUUUGAUUGACCAUGAUAACUGAACUUAUAUUUUUCUCGGUGCAGAAUCUAGUCUUAAGAAAAUAUUUCUUAUUCGCAAUGACAACUAGUUUAUAAAUUGAGAUCUAGUUAGAUUUUUUUUGCAGCUAUGUGAUUUUUUUUUAAAUAAUUAUUACUGAUAAAUGAAUAGAUAAUUUUUUAGUACUAGAAAGCUAUAAAUAUUCGUUUUGACAACAUUCUGUUAGAAGCGUACUAUAUUAUUAUACAACAGGAUUUAUAUGAUAAAUCUGUGCGAUUUAUACACUGUUUUUUGUUUUCACAUUAUAGACAAUAAAAAUACGAAUUGUUAAAAUAA